AUGUCAACUGCCGUUAAGAGAGCCUGCGAUGCUUGCCAUCGCAGGAAGGUCAAGUGUGACGGCGUUAACCCGUGCCGCAACUGUUCCUCGGCUCAGUUGACCUGCACGUACAAUGCAAUCCCGCAGAAGAAAGGCCCCAAAGGCUCGAGGGCCAAAGUCAUCAGCGAGUUACGUGAGACCCAACGAGCAACCAGUCUUUCCGCCAAAGUCCAGAGCCGAUUGCAGGGCAUCAACAGCCCACCAUGCACGCCUUCCUUGUCGCCCAACGCCGGGCUUCUAUCCAGCGAGCUCGUCAAGGAGAGCAUCGAAUUCUUCUUCGGCCACAUGUUCCCGGUCAUGCCCAUUCUCAACCGCCAACGAGUGGAGCAGCAGGCCCUCUACAUGGACCAGAACCUCGACACCUACUGUCUGCUCACUUCUAUGAGCGCAUUCAUGUUGCUUCAGCCCGGAAUGACCAUGCCAGGUGGCGACCCAUUGUUUGAGCACCCGGGAGCCAGCAUCACCUCCAGCUCCUUGCUUAUGGAGGAGACACUUCGAGUGCGCAAGGGCUACGACUACGUUGAGUCGCCUACUCUUAACAGUCUGUGUACAAGCUAUUUCUUGUUCGCAUGCUGCUACGCCAUCGAAAUGCACGAAAAGGCAUGGUUCCAUCUGCGUGAAGCCGCCACAAUCGCAACCCUUAUGAGCAUGAACCAAGAGGAAAAAUACCUACAGUUUGACAGUGUGGAAGCGUCUCGAAGACGACGCUUGUACUGGCUCCUAUUUGUGACGGAGAGGGCAUAUGCAUUGAAGUACGGUCGACCGUUGACUCUUCCGGCUACGUUGAACCCUCCGACGAUCACCGACGACCCCACGGAUCCGCUCGCACAUCAGUUGAACGGCUUCAUCCUUCUCGUCAACCUCUUCAGGCCUUUUGACGACACUUUCAUGCUGCUGUGGAACAAGACGCGCAAUGAGUGCUCCCCAUCGUAUCUCGCAGCACUCCAAAAGCAACUAUCCGAGAUGCAUCCGGCAUAUAUGAAUAGGACAGAGUCUCAGCUGGCCGACAUGCGGACCAAUCAGCAAUGGUUGAAGACGGUUAGCUGGCAUUUGAGCAUGCAGAACGGAUGCGUGCCCCACAACGGCGAAGAGUUGUCCUACCAAUACCCCAUCGAUAUGGCCAGAGAUUUGUUGUCAAUCACGUCCCAAUUCCAGACUCAAAGUACUGAACUCUUGGGCGUACCCUUAGUGGGCAAGCUAAUGGAUGUGACAUGCACUCUGACGGACGUUCUCGCAAUGCAACCAUCGUCGGGCGAUCCAUUCAGCGUUGGUCCUCAACAGCACCUACAAUCACUCCUCCAGAUCCUUUCCAGUCUCCGUGGUAACGAGCACCACUUCCUUCCAUUGCUCCUCAACAAGGUGCAUGACAUCCUACCGAGACUAGCCAACCCGAUGCUCCAGCGGGUACCGGAUAACAUCUGCAACAUCGACAUAUUUGAUGGAUUUGGCAAUGCUGGCAUGGCACAGCCCCCUGUCUUGGCCGACUUCAAGCCCGAAGCCUUUAAGCAAGAGCCUUAUGCUCAAACACCGGCACCUCGGAUGGAUGAAAUGGCGACCGACUCGGGGAGCUCAAACGGCGCACCCACUGCCGCCGACAUGAACUCGCCCUUCCCUGGCAUGGUCAGCUCACCUGGUGUCAUGUCGCCUGGUGGUAUCGAAUAUUCUCAUGCGGCGGAAUACAAUUCCAUACCCGACAUGGUUCUGAAUGGUAUGGGACAGGGGCAGCCGGGAUCCAUGAACCAUCAACAACCGCAGCAACCCCAAGCCCCUCCACAUCCGCCACACCAUAGCUACCAAUCACCGGGAAUACCAUCCAAUACCAACAUGCAUGGCCAAUUGCAAGGUGGCAUGCACCAACAGCAAAUAGGUCACAUCCUUAACCAACCGCAGAGCGUGGGGAGCCUGAACCAACCUCAAGCCAUGACGGGUGUGAACCAUCAGCAGAACAAUGGACACAGCCCGCCAUACGCCCACAUGAAUCAAGGUUUGAUGAAUAACAUACUACAUCGCCCCCCACCGCAACGUACGAACAGUUUCGCCAUGCAUCAGCAACAGCAACCGCCAAUAACACGAACUGUGGGAGACUUUCAUGCUCUACAGAGAGCCAAUUCCGAAAGCGUUGCGAUGAAUGGCUUGGGCAUGAGUUCAAUAGGUGCAGAAAUUGACUUCAGCGUUCUCAGGUAG